CUUCUUUCUUGAACGAUUACACAAGAGGUUACACAAGACCACCAGGGUACAAGGUAGAUCACAGUACAUCAUGGCGGCCAACUUGUGUCGAGUGUCCGGCCGGAGCCUUCUAAAGGUCCAAAAUGUGGUCACACCAGCGAAAGCUAACAUGUCGGCAUUUGCCAAGAUGUCAACAGGCAAGAAAGUGCUGAUAGGGACCCUGGGAGCAGUAACAGCAGGAGGAGCAGGUUUACUGGGCGCCCUGCACUACUCCACCACGGUCCACGCUGGAGAACUGGAGCUGCACCCUCCCAAGUUCCCCUGGAGCCACAACGGCAUGUUCAACGCACUGGACCAUGCCAGUGUCCGCCGAGGUUACCAAGUGUACAAGGAAGUGUGCGCUGCCUGCCACUCCAUGCAGUACCUGGCCUUCAGAAACCUGGUAGGGGUUUCCCACACAGAGGAGGAGGCCAAGGCACUCGCUGAGGAGAUCGAGGUGUUGGAUGGUCCCGAUGAGGAGGGGGAGAUGUUCAUGCGGCCAGGGAAGCUGUCCGACUACUUCCCACGACCCUACGCCAACGAGGAAGCCGCCAGAGCUGCAAACAACGGGGCGUACCCACCAGACCUGAGCUACAUUGUCCUGGCCAGACAUGGAGGAGAGGACUAUGUGUUCUCCCUCCUGACUGGGUACUGUGACGCUCCUGCUGGGAAAGAGCUGAGGGAGGGACAGUACUACAACCCUUACUUCCCUGGACAGGCUAUCUCCAUGGCACAGGCACUGUACAACGAGAUCAUCGAGUAUGAGGAUGGCACCCCAGCUACUCAGAGCCAGUUGGCCAAGGAUGUGUGCACCUUCCUACGGUGGGCAGCCGAACCCGAGCACGAUCAACGCAAGAGAAUGGGUCUCAAGGCUCUGAUGAUUGCCAGCAUGCUCAUCGCCUUCUUCUACUACCUCAAGCGCCACAAGUGGACGGUGCUGAAGAGCAGGAAGAUAGCCUACAGGCCCCCACAAUAACACAUCUCAACUCCAUUAGUGCACAUUAAACGACCGCAGAGUCACACAGAGAAUAUAUACAUCUUUAUCUGAGAUGUUUGACCUUAGAACAAUUAAUCUUCGAUACUUUAUAUAAAGGCAGUUGUUGCUUUAAUGUAGUCUGUUUUACGUGUCAAAAACAAUGUGAAGUGUUCCCAAAAA